CGAGCAAGCAGCCGCGGCAGCAGCAGCAGCAGCACCAGCACCAGCACCGCAGACCCGACGGAGACGCAAGGAACGGGGUUGAAGAAUCCUACGCCGGCGGAGAGACCAAUCAAGGUUUGACGAACGACGGGGAUUGGUCGAGGCGCUCCUCUGACACGCAGAGAGCGCGGGCACGUGACAAGCUACCGCACACACCGGGCCUCCGUUGGAUCGCGGCGAGGCCUUCAGUACGAUACCAACCACCCUCCGCGCACGCAACAGGAACGGUGAACGGCAUACGCUUCACCCCCUAAUGCGGUGAUAUCGGGCACACCGGCUUACCGAGAGGAGCCACCUCGGACGGUUUCUAUUCUUCGAACGUUAGUUCUCCGCGUGUUACGUUCGCACAUCCGACCGUCCACGAUCCGCGUUCACGGUUCGUCCCGUGCCACGGGAUUUUCGAUUGUUGUUUCCGUAUCUCGACGCGACUCGGAUUCGUGCGGAUAAAUCAUCGACGAAGAGAGGGAAGUGCACGGGGGUCUCGUCUUCAAUGGGGCGACUCGAUAAGCCGGCUGUUACGCGCUACUGCACGCUGCCACCGCGAGUUCUCUGUAGGUAAUUGCGACUCGUGAGGUCGUAAAGAAGCAGAAGACAGUUUUAUAGCCCAGGCCCACGUGGCCCUCGUAAACUGGACUCGGCUCGGGUCGGCAUCAGAUUCUGCCCGCCUGCCGGCACACGAUCGCCUCUCCUUCUACUCGUCGCGAUCCCCCUCGUUCAUUAUCGAGUCGUUUAGGGAGCCGGGGUUCAUCCGCGUGUAACGCCGCGCGAUAGGUGCGAAAGCGUUCGUCGCGGCCACGGGACUCGAGAGAAACAGCGAGGGCCCGCUCUUUUCUCUCCCCCAGUGAUACAGCGACACGGUAACCUGUCGUCGUCUACCGCUGGUGCGACAUGCCACCGGUGUCGUGAGACCACCGACGCGAUGACACGGCCCUGUACUUAACGACAGUGCGCGUACAUCCUUCUCCUGGCGGCCGAUCGGUGAUCGACAGAGCAAUCGGUGGUGUUGUUCCCGUGAAUGUCGAGCCGUACGCGCGCGAAACGAUCGCUACAGUGACGUCGACGACUGGUGCAACCGCGUGAACGAUGAGUUCCUAUCAGUUCGUGAACUCGCUGGCAUCGUGCUACGCGGGACAGCAGCCCCAACAGCAACCACGAGCCACGGCGAACUCGCCUGGAGAACCGUUACAGGCGGCGUCCCCCGCGGGCGGGGACUAUUACAAUCCAAACGCAGCGGCCACCAGUUACCCGGCGCCCUGUUAUUCGCCUCAGCAGCACUAUCCUCAGCAUCCUUACGCGACGCCCGCGGCCGGGAUGCCGCACGCGGCGCCCGCAGGCAUGAUAGACUACACGCAGCUGCAGCCUCAACCGAGGCUCAGCGCGACCACCACCUCGCAGCAGCAUAGCCUGCACGCGCAACAAUCCCAACAUCACCCUCAGCAACAUCAUCCUCAGCAGCUCCAUCAGGACCCGACGACGCCGCUUCUUCAGGCCGCGUCCGCGCCCUCGGCACCCUCCACCUCGAGCUGCAAGUACGCCGACUCGACGUCCUCCGCCAGCGUCGCGUCGCCCCAGGAUCUGACCACGUCCACCUCCAGGAACAGUCCAACGCCUCUGGUCGCAUCGGGCACCAGUAAAUCCGCCUCCGGGCUCACAUCGCCGCCUGGCAGCUCGCUGAGGUCCUCUGUGGCCGCGUCGGCUGCCUCGCCGCCCAGCGGAAACUCGAGAGCAGGACCAGAGGAAACAUCGACGCUGACCACCGCGACGUCGGCUUCCUCGCCGGCGUCCUCGACCUCCAGCACCUCCAGCACCGGGAACAACUCGUCGAACAAGCAGAACGCCUCCGGUGGCACUCCGCCGCAGAUUUACCCGUGGAUGAAGAGGGUGCACAUCGGACAGAGCACGGUGAACGCGAACGGCGAGACGAAGCGACAGAGGACAUCGUACACCAGGUAUCAGACCCUGGAGCUGGAGAAGGAGUUCCACUUCAACCGCUACCUGACGAGGCGGCGUCGCAUAGAGAUCGCCCACGCCCUUUGCCUGACGGAACGUCAGAUAAAGAUCUGGUUCCAGAAUCGGCGGAUGAAGUGGAAAAAGGAGCACAAGAUGGCGAGCAUGAACAUUGUACCGUAUCACAUGUCGCCGUACGGCCACCCUUACCAGUUCGCGCCUCACCCACGUCUACGUCGUGAGGCAGACCCAGAGGCUGAACCAUCCCGGCCAGUAUAUGUUCCUCCCCCACGCCCACCUCACCCACGUCUUCGUCGUGAAGCAGACCCAGAGGCUGAAGCUACCCGGCCAGUAUAUGUUCCUCCCCCACGACCACCUCAUCCACGUGUCUAAUGCGUUCCAAAGGUGCUAACAUACCUACGACUCUGCCAACCAAUGCAAUUAUAGUUAAUGAAUAUCUGCCAACAAACCAUGCCAAUAGAAUAAGGAUUAAACAUAAUUUAUAUGAGAUUUAAACUUGAUACUGCUGUAAUUGUUUUACUAUCAUAUUUCAUAUUUUAUUAAGAAAUGAAAGUACGCAUUGUAACUACUCCUGUGGCAUCUACUUACAGAUCCUAAAUAUUAAUAAAACACAUUUUAUUGACGCUUCUAAA